ACUGACCAGGCGGAGGUUCAGUCAUGAGGAAAGCGGUGGGGUUGGAGGGCUGCUCACGCUGCUGAAGGAGCUAAGCAGUCCCUCCCUUCCCCCGCGUAGGCCAACCACGAAACCCGCACAACAAUUGGCUGGGGGAGUAGGGGGGAUGUGUCUGGAAGAGCCUCUGUAGCGCUGCCGGCACCAACCUAGCACAUAGUCCAGAGAAGGGACCCCGCUGGAAAGCAGGAGCUGCCCGUGCCGCACCGACGGCCGGGUGCCCGGCAAAACGGCCAAGCGGGCACCUCCGCCGUCCGGCCCUUUCCUUUGGAAACUCGUCGUGGGUCUUUCACUCCGCGUCAGCCCGCCGGUCGCCAAGGCCGCCAUCUUAGCUUCUGCGCCGUUGACAGGGAAGAGACGAUUGAGGCGGAGGAGUGGCGCGGGAAGAGCGCUAAGCCAAUAGAAAGGCCGGUUGUUGCCAGGCGCAGUGGCUUUAGCUGGGGUAGGUAAAGAACAUCCGUUCCCGUGGCUGCUAGCCCAAGGAGGGACUCAUUAAGUGGAAAUGACAGAAGAGAAAAUAGGCAAAUCUUGAGAAGUCAUAAUGUGACUAUGAACCAUCAGUGUGAAGGAGGCAAAUGCUACUCUACAGUGUAUUAGAUGUGAGAACUUCCAGACCAGCUGUGCAACUGUAAAACUGCUAUGUUGCAAGAUACUCUUGGAAAGACAUUUCGACUUAUUGGAUACACCAUUCAGUAUGGGUGCAUGGCACACUGUGCCUUUGAAUACCUUGGAGGAAUUGUUGUGUGUUCAGGACCUUCAAUGGAGCCUACAAUUCAAAAUUCUGAUAUUGUGUUUUCUGAGAAUCUUAGCUGCAAUUUUUAUAGCAUUCAGAAAGGUGAUAUUGUCAUUGCAAAAAACCCAACUGACCCCAAAUCAAAUAUCUGUAAAAGAGUAAUUGGCUUGGAAGGAGAUAAAGUCUGUACAAGCAGUCCUUCAGAUUUUCUUAAGAUGCACAGUUAUGUACCUAAAGGACAUGUUUGGUUAGAAGGCGAUAAUCUCAGGAAUUCUACAGAUUCCAGGUGUUACGGUCCUGUUCCAUAUGGGUUGAUAAGAGGACGCAUUUGCUUUAAGCUCUGGCCUCUGACCGAUUUUGGAUUUCUGCGUGCAAGCCCCAACAGUCACAGAAUUUGUAAUGACUAAGUGAAUUAUGGCUAGUCAUCUAUGCUGACUUUACUAAGUUUAAAAAGCUAGUAAUGUUAUGUACUUUUAUAUAAACAAACAACAUUAUGCAGUUGGGACAUUCCUUAUGGGUUUAAGGGCCGUGAUAAUGUAGAGAAAUAAAUGUCAUUGCAGCUAUUUAACAAUUUCUGUUUAUCUCAUAUAUAAAUCUUUCUCACAGUC